AUGGCGGACGCCGGCGCAGCGGCCAAUGGCGGCAGGAACAAGUACGCGGUUCUUGAUCGGAGCGAGGAGCGGGAGCCGGAUGCGGGGACGGAGGGGCGGAGGAGGCCGUCGGCACCCGAGAGCGAGAGGAGGAGAAGGGAGCGGUUCGUGUACGCCUGCGCGGUCUUCGCCUCGCUCAACGCCAUCCUCCUCGGCUACGAUGUUGGCGUAAUGAGUGGCGCGAUCAUCUACAUUCAGAAAGAUCUUCACAUAACCGAGUUUCAGCAAGAAAUCCUAGUAGGCUGUCUGAGCGUGGUCUCACUCUUGGGAAGCCUAUCAGGGGGGCGAACAUCUGAUGCAAUUGGCAGAAAAUGGACAAUGGGCCUCGGUGCAAUUGUGUUCCAGAUGGGCGCAGCCAUCAUGACAUUUGCUCCAUCAUUCACUGUGCUUAUGAUCGGGAGGCUCCUUGCUGGAGUUGGCAUUGGUUUUGGUGCCAUGGUAUCUGGAGUGUACAUUGCUGAGAUCUCCCCCGCAGGCGCCCGUGGGACUCUCACAUCACUUCCUGAGAUCUGCAUCAAUAUUGGGAUCCUCCUUGGCUAUGUUUCCAAUUAUGCCUUCUCAGGCCUUUCUGAGCACAUCAAUUGGAGGAUUAUGCUUGGUGUCGGUAUCCUCCCGUCAGUCUUCAUUGGCUUUGCGCUUUUCGUGAUCCCAGAAUCCCCUAGGUGGUUGAUGAUGGAGAAGAGAGUUUCAGAAGCAAGGGCAGUGCUGCUGCAGAUUAGCGAGUCUGAAGCUGAAGUUGAAGAACGGCUGGCUGAGAUCGAGGAAGCCGCUGGUCUUAUGAAAUCAAUGAAAUCUGAGGACAAAGAAGUGUGGAGGGAACUUUUGAACCCUUCUCCCGCCGUUCGCCGGAUGCUGUAUGCUGGCUGCGGUAUUCAAUUGUUCCAACAGAUCACAGGAAUUGACGCUACUGUCUAUUACAGCCCAACAAUUUUCAAAGAUGCUGGGAUCAAAUCUGAUCAGGAGCUUCUUGCUGCAACUGUUGCUGUGGGUUUCACUAAGACAGUGUUCAUCUUGGUUGCAAUUUUCCUAAUUGAUAAAGUUGGACGAAAGCCACUUCUUUAUGUGAGCACCAUUGGCAUGACUAUCUGCUUAUUUCUCUUAGGGGUUGCACUUACAAUGCAAAAGCAUGCCGUGGGGCUUAUGUCUCCACGUGUUGGUAUCGACCUAGCAAUUUUUGCAGUUUGUGGCAGUGUGGCAUUCUUUUCAAUUGGCAUGGGACCAAUAUGUUGGGUCUUGUCUUCAGAGGUAUUUCCUUUAAGAUUACGAGCUCAAGGGUCAGCACUUGGUCAAGUAGGUGGUAGAGUGAGCAGUGGUUUGGUUUCCAUGUCAUUCCUUUCUAUGGCCCGUGCUAUAUCAGUGGCAGGAAUGUUCUUCGUCUUUGCUGCAAUAUCCACUAUCUCUGUACUGUUUGUGUACUUUUGUGUGCCAGAAACAAAAGGGAAAACACUGGAGCAGAUCGAAAUGAUGUUUGAAAGUGGGGACGAAUGGGGAGGAGGUGAAAUUGAGCUUGAGGAUACACAGCAUUUAAUACCGAGUAACAAGAUGUCUCUGCCUCUUGGUUGA